GUCAGUUUAGUACGAGUUGAAUCAAAUCGCUAAAUACCUUCAUCAUUUUUAUCUACUUACAGUGUUGUACAUAUUUUACAUGUACUAAAUAUAAAAAUCAGAUAAGUAAGACAGUUUUGUUGAAUGAUGAAUUUAGAUAUCGCGUAUUUGUUUUAAUUUUGAAAUUACAUAGAAAUAAUAGCUAUAGUUUAAAGAAUAUUUAACAGUUGUAAUACGUGGUAAAAUAGAUAGGUAUACGUCAGUAUGUCAGCAGAAGAAUUGGAUCAGUAUUAUGAAACGGCUGUUGCUUUGGCAAAACGAUUGGGGGCAAUAAUCAAAGAAACUGCUUUAGUAAGGAACAAAUCCACUACCAGCAAACUAAACAGAACAGACUUAGUAACCGAAACAGACAAACACAUAGAGAAGCUUCUCAUCAGCACCGUUAAUAAAGAAUAUCCCCACCACAAAAUUAUUGGAGAGGAGUCAACGUUUGAAGGAGCAGAAUGUACUCUCACCGACGCACCAACCUGGAUCGUAGAUCCAAUAGACGGAACCAUGAACUUUGUCCAUUCAUUUCCCCAUUCCUGUAUUUCAAUAGCUUUGUUUGUCAACAAAGAACCUGAGAUUGGUAUCAUUUAUAAUCCCCAUUUGGAGCAAUUCUUCUCGGCCAGGAAAGGAAAAGGUGCGUUUUUAAAUGGGGAACCUAUAAGUGUGUCUGAUACGAAAACUAUGGCUGAUGCUUUGGUGUUAACAGAGAGUUUCGCUCGUGAAAAUUCCGUCAAAGAAAAAGUCAUUUUGGAGAACUAUAAGAUGCUAAUGCGGGAAACUCAUGGACCGAGAUCACUAGGUUCAGCAGCUAUGGACAUGUGCAUGGUAGCCUGCGGUGCUGCGGACGCUUACUAUCAAUACAAACUCAACAUUUGGGACAUAGCAGCAGGUGAACUCAUCGUAAAGGAAGCAGGAGGUGUGGUACUUGAUACUGAUGGCAGCCCCUUGAACCGAUUCGCAAUGAGAGUCUUAACGGCUAAUUCAGAAGACGUAGCUCAAGCUAUCGCGAAGAAGUUGAUACAGUACGAUCCAAUCACUGACCAAUAGAUUUAUUUGAAUUAAAUGUAAUAGUUCAUAUUUCAGUGUAUAAUCUGAUGUCAUUUAAUAAAUUUUCCUUUAGUUUUA